GGAUCAAUUAGUUACAGCGGACGCCUGAACAACAGAGCCGAAGCUGGGUACCACUUUGACGGGGGAUGCUACAGUCUUUUGAUUCGGCGUUUUAAAAAUUAACUUUUAAAAUAUGGUUUCUUUUCUCUCUGAAGACAAAUAAACGCAUAUCGCCAUUUUAUCGCAGCCCGUGGCCUGGACGCGCUACAUUUACAUUUCAUUUCAGUGUUUCACCAGUAUAGCAGCGUCGGGAUGCAUCUCUCCGGUAUUUUCAUCGGUAAGAGAACAUUAAAAUGCUUUACACUGCUUUUGUGAGCCGUUAUACGAAAUUAACAGCAUUCUUAGUCUUGCAUCCGAAUGAAACCGUGCGCAUUGCAGUACGGUUUGUUUUAGUUUUCAUAUUUUGGGGUGUCACACGCAUCACCUAAUCGAUAAUCGAUUAAGUGGUCUUGGGGCAGAUGUCACGCUUUCUUCUAUGCCAUCAUCAGCACUGUAUUUGAUACGGUGCAGCACUAUUUGGAUAUCACUGGCUCUCUUGUGUCAUAAAUGAAAAACAAAUCCUACCCACUAAAAUUCACACCACCAUGGGAGAAGAAUGCUGGUUUUGGAAGGAAACACAAGCCUUGUACCAGAAACCACACCAAAAUAAUAGCCAACCCCGGCAUUGUCAUGAAAGUGCUGCGCCGGAAGAAGAUCAUUAUGUUUCUUGCCUAUUUUCUGCUGGUGGCUUUGACGAUGUUGAACCUGGCUAAUUACAAAUGGACCAAAGAGCCACAGCAAUGCAACCAGCCAAUGCAGGGAAUGCCUUUCCAAAGCAGAUCGGACAUCCGUUUUCUUUACAAAGCCCCCCAGAUCAAGAAAAGGCAGCUUGUGUAUGUAUUGACCACUUGGAGAUCCGGUUCAUCCUUUUUCGGGGAACUGUUCAACCAAAACCCAGAUGUGUUUUUCUUGUAUGAACCUAUGUGGCAUAUCUGGCAAAAACUGUACCCGGGGGAUGCUGUGUCCCUCCAGGGAGCUGCCCGGGACAUGCUGAGCUCUCUUUACAGGUGUGAUUUCUCGGUUUUCCAGUUGUACAACAGCCCUGGGGGAAAGAACAUAACCUCGCUUGGACUGUUUGGUGCCACUCUCAAUAAGGUCAUCUGCUCAUUCCCUAUCUGUUCGUCCUACAGGAAGGAUGUAGUUGGCAUGGUGGAUGAUAAAGUUUGCAAAAAGUGCCCUCCACAGAGCCUCCAAGUCCUGGAGGAGGAAUGUUUGAAGUACAACACUAUAGUCAUUAAGGGAGUCCGUAUUUUGGAUAUCAGUGUUUUGGCCCCCUUGAUGGAGGACCCCUCUUUGAAUCUGAAAAUCAUCCAUUUAGUCCGAGACCCCAGGGCGGUGGCCAACUCCAGGAUUAAAUCUCGACACGGACUCAUACGGGAAAAUCUGCAAGUCGUGCGCAGCAGAGACCCCAAGCUGCGUCGUGUGCCAUUUGUGGACCCGAACCACAAAGUGAACAAAAAGGACGGUGCAGACUAUCACUCCAUAGGAGCCAUGGAAGUGAUAUGUGAACGGACAUCCAGAACUCUGAAAACCGCCCUCCACCCGCCCACCUGGUUCAAGGGGAAAUACAUGACUGUACGUUAUGAGGACUUAGUGGAAAACCCUGUUAAAACGGUUAGGAAUGUUUAUCGCUUCGUCAACCUUUCAGCCAAUCACGACAUUGAGGCCUUCGCCAUGAAUAUGACAACAGGAAGCAGCGCCUCCUCUAAACCCUUCAUCGUUUCAUCCAGAAAUGCAACACAAGCUGCGAGUGCCUGGAGAACUGUACUUAACUACCAGCAGAUCAGGCAGGUGGAGGAGUAUUGUCAGCAUGCGAUGUCUCUGCUCGGAUACCUGCGUGUGCGCACGUCCGGGGAGGCUAAGGAUUUGAGCAAAUCGUUGUUGACGCUGCCCAAAAUCUAAAGAGUCGCCAAAGACAUUUGUUUGAUUGAAGUCAUUGUGUUUUGCAUUUGUGCUGAUAGCAGCCUGGUUCGCAUUCUUAACAAACUGUUAUUUAUGUUAAGUGCUUAAUGGCUCAGUGGAAUGUAUCUGUUUGCAUCAUACUGUACUCAGCCACUUAUGUUGGGACCAGUAUAUUGUCUGUGCAUCACCAGAUGUUUGACCAAAUAAGAGAGGAAAACAAUUACGUUGUGUACAAUGUGUCAUUAAUCAUUAAAGGUACAGCAAGAUAUUUAUUUAACCAAAACUUUAGAUGUAGUUUUGGCUUUGUUAUAUUCCUGAUUAUGCAAAACAAAGCUCAUUUUACGUUGCAUGCGAGACGACUAUCUACAGAAUUCACAGUCACGGAAAACAUGGAAAUAACAGGGAAUUUUGGAAAUUGUGGUUUCCAGCAGGGUCGCGCAAUAAAUCGCAAUACAAUUGCGAUAUGAGCAUGCUUAAUUUCCUCUUUUUUUUAAAUUUUACUCAGAAUUCUGUUAUGUUUAAUUCACUAUUCUGAUUGGUACACAUCUUUUGCACACUGACAAGAUAUUGCAGAAUUCAGUUAGGAAAAAAGGUACCAGUGAGACAACAGAAAUAGGGAAUAAAGAACAAAGAUGCUAUCAUCUAUCACUUAUGUAAAGUCUAUUUUUUUUUCCGUUCAUGAAAUGUGUUUUUGAGCACUGAAAUUUCAGAAUGUAAAAUGUAUAAAUAAGGAAAAACAUUUGCCAAAAUCAUAAUUAAAUACCCAAU